AUGGGUGGAUGUUCAUCAUCUCAAAAGAACCCGGAUCCUGAAAACUCAAGUAAACUACCAACUUCAAAGGUAAUCAAGGUGAUCCAUUUGGGUGGUCGGGUGAAAGAGUUUGACCCGGCAAUUUGUGCGGAUCAGAUACUAUCUUGUAAUCCGGGUUGCUUCCUCUGCAGCUCCGACUCCAUGUUUAUCGGUUCAUGCCCGGAAAAUGUGGGUGGACCCGAAGAGCUUCAACCGGGUUAUUUGUAUUUCCUUUUGUCAAACUCUGUGGCAAACAAGGCCUUAUCACUUCAUGAUUUGUGUGAGCUUGCUAUUAAGGCUACUACUAAUUGUAAUGAUAAUAAUCUUUCUGUUAAUCAUGUUAAACAUGUACUUUCUUUUAGGGAUUAUGCUGUUGUUUGA